AUGUCCCAUCAGCGAACAGCCUCCCAGAGCAGUGCUGUCUCGGUGGGCAGUGCGACCUCUUCCGGAUCUCUCGGCACGUCAAUACCCGCUCUUCAUUCCCAGAUUCGUCAAUUGCGCACCGAGCUCGAGACGCUUCGAGCAGCACACGAUGCGCUUCUCGCACGCUCCGUUUCCGAAGAAGGCACCAAUGGGCCGCUGAACGCCGCUCAGGCUCGCAUCUCAGCUCUAGAGACUCAGGUGGAGAUGGAAAAGAGCCUCAGAGAAGAUGAAGAGGCCAAGGUUCAGGAUCUGAGACUUCGGGCUGAAGAAUCUAGGAGAGCCAUCAUGCGCCUCCAAGGCGAAGCUGCUGGCACCAAAAAAGACAACAGGAGGAGCGUCGGUCCUUCCAGCUUGGCAAAUUGGGUGCCACCUUCUUCGGCUGGGUAUGAUCGGGACAGCUUCAAAAUUGCCCCUACCUCGGGCGCUGUCGGCACCGGCGGUGCUAAUGGCAAUACCAGUUCUAGCACGGUAGACGAGGAAGAAAAGCUCGCUAGAAGACGCAGCAAGCGCGCAUCGUUGGCAUUUGGAGCUAGCGCCGCGGGCAGGUCUGGAUUUGGACCAGCUUCGAGCUCUCUGAUCGGCAUUGGUCACCGUCGCACAGCGAGCGGAGGAACGGAGGAUUCUGUGGGUGGAGGAGCUGGCGGCCUGCGAGAGCUUCGACUCGGCGGAACGGGUGGAAAUGCUGCGCUCGCACCCGAAAGUGCCGCGACGGGAGGAGGCAACAGCCGUCGGAGCAGUGCUCAUAGCAUGCUAUCGCCUGCCGGGUCGCACGCCGAGCUGGCUGGCACCUCACCCUCUGAUGGUCUCACGGUUCCCAUCCGGCCUUCCCCUUCUCCAAGUCCCAGCAACAUGACGAGCCCCAUUUUGGAGGACGAAGCUGAGCACUCUAUACUUCUCGCCGAGGAGUUCCCCGGAGGUGCUGAUAUGGAGGGCGAUGGUCCCACGCCCACUACGGCUCGCGCACCUGGAGCAGGACCCCCCUCCGCAACAGGAGGUCUAGGUACAGGCACAGGCGUACGCGCACUUGCUGAGGCGCAGGGCAAACUUCGAGCUCGCGAGUCUGAGUUGGAUCACGCGCGAAAAGAAGUCAGAAAGCUCAAGGAGCUUCUGCAAGAAAGCACGGAAGCUAGAGAUGCGUCCGAGUUGUGCCUCAAAGCUCUUCGGCAGUUCAUCGCUGAUGGUGGAGCUGCAGGGGGAUCAGGAGUACCUAGCAGCGACCCUGGAAUCAGUCCCACGGAUACAGCUAUCAAAUUACCGCCCCUGCCUACCGAUAAAGAUAUUGGUGACGAAGAGGGCACCAGUCCGAGCAAACGGCAGGUCGCUGCUGCUUCUACCUGGGGCGCUAGAUUCGGAAGUGCAUUUGCAAGGACUAAGAGCGAUACUCCAGCCGCCCUGCCAUCUGUCCCUCCGACGCCAACCGGACCGGACGCGUACACCAAGAUGCUGGAUACGCCAGGUCGUACAAUCAGUGCCAGUAGCGCUAAUGGCCUGCGCUCCCCGCCAGCUGCAGCCUCUGGUGGUCUCUCGCUUGCUGGCAUGUUCUCCCGAGGUGGUAGCACAGCUGCCAAUGGACCCGUUUCACCGGGCGUUUCAGACGUCGGUAGUAACAAGAAUCGAGAAAGUGUGACCAGCAUCGUCUCGGACGCCUCAACUGGUACGGGAGCUGCAAGCACCGCCGCUACGGAGCCUGAAGCGAGCCUGACUGCGCCCCCACCUGCAGUCACUCGAGGUCUUAGCAGCUGGUUCUCCAAACGCGCAUCCACAGCUACACCUUCAACGAGCAACUCGGCCUCUGCAGACUUGGCAUCGAGCAAAGCAAGCGAGAAUGGCGCUACGAGCCUCGCCUCGCCCCCUUUCGCCUCAUUGGAUCACUCCCAGUUGCACCGAGUGACGUCCAGCAAUGCUUCUUCGCCACCCAACUCGGCAGGCGCUGCAGGAAACGCCCUGCUUCUAGCAUCGGGUCUGCCUGCUUCUCCUCAGCCCAACAACGAGUCCGCCACACAACAACAAGGAGCCACGCUGGGCGUCAAGCCUCCGCAUGUCGAGCUGAGCGAGAGGGCUAAACGUACAGCUAGCAGGACCAGCUUUGUUGCCGAGGACGAUGGCUUUGUCGGACCCUCGUUCACAUGA